UUGCAAGAUAAUAUUCGCAAAUGGUUUUUCAAGUUGAAUUUUAAUACCUUUUUGAUAAGCAAAGAAUUAGGGAAGCAUCUCAAUAACUGUGUAAACUUCCAUCAAAGAAUCCUUUUGCUUGCAAAUCUGAUUACUUUGAGUGAAGAGCUCUUCUGCUAUUCGGGAGUUAGAACUAAAAUAAGUCUAGAAAGAUGCGAUAAUGAUACCAAGUUUUGCUACAAACAAAGGACUCCGAAUAAUAUUGGGAUAGUGGGUUGUGACCAUAGUACGCUGGGCUUGUGCCGGAAGUAUAAACGCGAAGAGUGUUUAGAAUCAAGCACUCAGGGGGAAGUGUGUUGCUGUCGAACAUCGAAAUGCAAUGGAGUGGAGCAACAAUAUUCGCAAUCUUUCCAUUUGAUUGCUUUAUUAAUACUGAUUACUGCUGGCAACUACUUUUUGAACUUUGUGUUCAACUAGAA